AGCAGUGUCGAAUUUUCUCGACCGAAUGAAGCGCAGUUAGUCGACCAUCUCGUGGUUCCAAACCCUAGACAAUCUUCCUCUGCUAUCGCCCUCACUUAAUCCCCAAAAUUUGAUCCCGCCAUGGCUUCCGGCAGCAAGACAGCGCUUCUGUUUCACCCAUCCUCUUCAAAUUUGAGCGCGAGGAUCCACCCGGUGGUGCUCUUCAACAUAUGCGACUCUUACGUUCGGCGGCCAGACCAGGCCGAGAGGGUAAUUGGAACACUACUUGGCUCCGUCUCCGCCGAUGGGAUCGUGGAGAUUAAGAACUCUUACGCCGUCCCCCACAACGAAUCUGCCGACCAGGUCGCUUUGGAUAUCGAAUAUCAUCAUACCAUGUAUGCAUCACACCAAAAAGUUAACCCAAAAGAAGUCAUUGUUGGGUGGUAUUCAACUGGUGCUGGUGUAUCAGGGGGAAGUCAGUUGAUACAUGAUUUCUAUUCGAAGGAAGUGUCAAACCCUGUUCAUUUAACUGUAGAUACAGGAUUUACAAAUGGGGAUGCCUCCAUUAAAGCUUAUGUUUCUUUCAAUCUUUUUCUUGGAGAUCGACAAUUGGCUGCACAAUUUCAGGAAAUUCCUCUGGAUCUGCGAAUGAUUGAAGCAGAACGGGUUGGAUUUGAUAUUUUAAAGAUGACAACACUAGAAAAGCUUCCAAAUGAUUUGGAGGGAAUGGAAGCUACUAUGAAGAGACUACUUGCUCUUAUUGAUGAUGUAUACAAAUAUGUAGAUGGUGUCAUCGAAAGGCGUUUGAUUCCGGAUAAUAAUAUUGGGAGAUUUAUUUCCGAUACACUGUCUUCGCUUCCAAAAAUUUCUCCUACAGCAUUUGACAAAGUCUUCAAUGAUAGAAUCCAGGAUAAUUAUGCUUUAGUUUACUUUGCAAGCCUGGCAAAAACACAGCUUAGCAUUGCAGAGAAGUUGAACACAGCUGCCCAGGUUCUUUGAUUUGUUGCCUGUAGAAUUUUUUAUUUGCGUUUGAAAUUGCUUUAUAAUCUGCUUUAGUACUCACAUAAACUGAAUUAUUUUUAAAUUAGCUAGUUUUUGUUAGGGUUCUGAAGGGUUUCUUCCAUGGCUUGUAUUUGUUUUGACAUGAAUGAAGAAGUAAUCAUUCUGAGUUUCUGGUUUA